AUGACGAGUCCACCGCCACCGCCACCUCGGCGCGACGGCAACAAGCUCGAGCUCGUGACCGUCGAAGAGCAAGAAGAGUUCCUCGAGGUGCUCAAGCAGCUCAAUCUGGCCACGCCACCGCCGCAACUGCAGCAGGCGCUGCCCGACCGCAACUCGCUCGCUGCUCAGAAGGAUUUCAAGUUCUGGAACACGCAGCCCGUGCCGGCGCUGAACGAGUUCCCACGGGAACACGGGGCCAUUGACCCACUCAAGAGCCUCUCGGACGUCCGCCAGGAGCCAUACACCAUGGCCCCGGGCUUUGUCUGGAGCGAGCUGGAUCUUUUGGACGCACAAGCUGCGCAAGAAGUGUACGACCUGCUCACGCAAAACUACGUGGAAGACGACGACAACAUGUUUCGAUUCGACUACUCGGUGGCUUUUCUCAAGUGGGCGCUCACGCCGCCAGGGUACCAUAAGCACUGGCACGUGGGGGUCCGCAACGCCAAGACGAAGAAGCUCAUGGCUUUUAUCUCGGGCAUUCCUGUCCGCACGCGUGCGUACAAAAGUGUCAUGGCCAUGGCCGAAAUCAAUUUCCUCUGCGUGCACAAGAAACUCCGGACGAAACGACUGGCGCCAGUGCUGAUCAAGGAGAUUACACGCCGCGUGAACCUGUGCAACGUCUGGCAAGCAGUGUACACGGCUGGUGUCGUGCUGCCGAUGCCCGUGGCCCAGUGUCGCUACUUUCAUCGAUCUUUGAAUCCCAAGAAACUCAUUGAAGUGGGCUUCUCGAGACUUGCACCGAGGAUGACGAUGACGCGGACGAUCAAGAUGUUUAAGGUGCCGGAGACCCCGAACGUGCCGGGGUUCCGACGGAUGGAGACGAAGGAUGUAGCUCCUGUGACUGCGCUCGUAACGACGUACUUGGCCAAGUUUGACCUUGUGCAGCACUACGACGAGCACGAUGUGGCCCAUUGGAUGCUCCCGCGUGAGGGCGUGCUCAGUGCGUACGUUGUGGAGAACCCCGAGACGAACGAGGUCACGGACUUUACGAGCUUCUACCACUUGCCAUCGACUGUGAUUGGCCAUGACAAGCACAGUAAGCUGAAUGCUGCUUACUCGUUCUACAACGUGGCUACGACGGUCUCGCUGACAGAGCUUGUUAAUGACACGCUGAUCAUGGCCAAGCAGGAGGGCUUUGACGUUUUCAAUGCACUCAACCUCAUGGACAAUGCCGAGUUUCUGCAAGAACUCAAGUUUGGCCCUGGCGAUGGCGACCUCAUGUACUACUUGUACAACUGGCGCUGUCCGCGCAUGGAGAGCAACAAGGUUGGCCUUGUGUUGUGCUAG